UAUUAUCGUUAUAAUUUUGCUGUCUUGUUAAGGUUAUCUAGUUACCAUUAGCUUGGAAAGUAUGGUUUGUAGUCGGUCUACCAGACAAAUAAUAUUUAUGUAUUUUACGAUAUAAGAAGAAAUUGUUAAUAUUUGGUGUCUUUUUAAUCCUUGCCUCGAGCUAUAUUGAUGUAGAUAUAAAACAAGUAAAAUUUGUUGGCUGGGUUAAAGCAGAAGCUUAUGAAUGGAUGGAGUCUCCGGGAUGCUGAACCCUCCCGUCUCGAGAGCGCAUGACUUGGGUACCACCCGAAAGCGAACGAUAAGAUAUUUAUUUUUAUUUUAAUAAUCAGUCGGCGUGUCACAUUCAGUUAAAGUAGCUUAUCCACAUAUUUGUGCUUUUUGUGUGUGGUUAUUUUUUUAUAUAUAACUUUUUCCAGUAUUUUUAAAACGGAUUGUUGAGCUAUAACUUUUGAGCUGUUCACUUUUUAAUAUUGAUUUUGAUCAGGACAUAAAUUGUACGGAAAAUCUCUCACGCAGCCAGAGAGCCAUUCCACAGCGUCUUAUUUUCUUUCUGGUGAACAUAAACAAACAUGCGUGAAUUACCCUUCCUGCUGACUGGCAGGACACGAACCCCCCUGUGCCGGCCCCCUUCCUGCCCUCUUUCCUGGCCGUUCCCCUACGCUGCGUUCUGAGGUUUCAUGCCACCUGCAGUACACCUGCUCAGGACCGGCUCACCUGCUCUGUUUAAUAUCCUCCUUUUGUUUUUGAACUCCGCUUCUGAUGUCAUCCCGUCGUCCAUAUUUCUCCGCAAACCCCUUUGUAGUCUGGGCCCCUGGUUUGUAGUGUGAUCUGGAAAGGCGGCUCUGUACUGAGCCGAUGAGUCAGUCUGCGAUGACGUUCGCAUUCAGUGCCUUAACGAGUCCUUUAAUCCACACAGAAACAUCAUUCAGUUACGUAGUUUUGUUCCUACUGCUUUCUUGCAGCCGCAUUAUUUUCUCGCGCAGCUAUUGUGAAAUGUAGUGCUGUCAUUUUUAUGCCUCCUAAUACUCGCCAACUUUAGUGCAUUCUGUCCUGUAUAUUAUGCAGCAUAUUCACAACUAUCUAUAUACACACCAUGUGUAUAAUAAGGGGCUUGCGUUAGUAAAAUGCGUGCUCUGUUGGUCACUUUUAGACAGAUGUGCUAAAUGACAGUAGCUCUCGCUAAGAGUUUAGGGAAUAAAUGAGUAAAAACGGUGAUAUUUGUGUCGAAGAUCAUGUGGGUUUAAUGGUGCCGACUCCUGGGUACUGAGGCAGGUUGCUACAUGUUAGAAUGGCUGGAACGUGACCUGCUGUGGCAUGGCUUCUCCAGUGGAUGGCGCUGUUGGUCAUAAUUGUCCGCUGAGAAAUGUCCACUCCGGACCCCUCUAUGGGAGGGACUCCCCGGCCAGGUCCCUCCCCAGGUCCUGGACCCUCCCCGGGGGCCAUGCUGGGUCCCAGCCCGGGCCCCUCUCCUGGAUCUACCCACAGCAUGAUGGGACCCAGUCCUGGACCUCCUUCCUCAGGUCACCCCCUCCCAUCUCAGGGACCCACGGGGUAUCCCCCGGACGGCAUGCAUCCCAUGCACAAACCGAUGGAGGGGAUGCUGGAGAAGGGCAUGCCUGACGACCCCCGCUAUGGCCAGAUGAAAGGAAUGGGCAUGCGGCCGGGGGGGCACAGUGGAAUGGGGCCCCCGCCCAGCCCCAUGGACCAACACUCCCAGGGUUACCCGUCUCCCCUGGGGGGUUCCGAGCACGCUCCCAGCCCCGUUCCAGCCAACGGCCCUCCCUCUGGUCCGAUGAUGCCCUCUGGCCCUGGUGGGGUGCCCCUCGACGGCGGCGAUCCCCAGUCUCUGGGCCCACAGGCCCGCGGUGCGGUUCAGAGUGGCGCCAACGCCGGGCCGGUUCCGGCGGGCGCGGGGGCAGCAGGGGCCGGAGGUGCUGCCGGGCCCACACCCUUCAACCAGAACCAGCUACACCAGCUGCGGGCCCAGAUCAUGGCUUAUAAAAUGCUGGCCCGCGGGCAGCCCCUGCCAGACCACCUGCAGAUGGCAGUGCAGGGCAAGCGGCCCAUGCCGGGCAUGCAGCAACCCCCCAUGGCUAACAUGGCACCGGCCCCGGGUCCCGGGACAGGCCCCGUAUCCGGACCGGGACCGGCACCUUCCAACUACAACAGACCUCACGGUAUGGUGGGACCCAAUAUGCCACCCCCAGGACCAUCCGGUGUACCACCAGGAAUGCAGGGUCAGGCAUCCAAUGGCCCCCCAAAAGCCUGGCCUGAGGGACCAAUGGUGAACGCAGCCGCCCCAUCCAGCGCCCCGCAGAAGCUGGUGCCCCCGCAGCCCACGGGCCGGCCCUCUCCGGCGCCCCCCUCCAUGCCGCCAGCCGCCUCGCCUGUCAUGCCGCCACAGACACAGUCCCCCGGACAGCCCACUCAGCCCACACCCAUGGUGCUGCACCAGAAACAGAACCGCAUCACGCCCAUCCAGAAGCCUCGGGGGCUGGACCCUGUCGAAAUCCUGCAGGAGCGCGAGUACAGGCUCCAGGCACGUAUCGCCCACCGCAUCCAGGAGUUAGAGAACCUCCCCGGCUCGCUUCCGGGCGACCUGCGGACCAAGGCCAACAUAGAGCUCAAGGCCCUCCGGCUACUUAACUUCCAGAGACAGCUGCGUCAGGAGGUGGUGGUGUGCAUGCGCCGUGACACGGCUCUGGAGACGGCCCUCAACGCCAAGGCCUACAAGCGCAGCAAGCGGCAGUCCCUGCGGGAGGCACGCAUCACCGAGAAACUGGAGAAACAGCAGAAGAUCGAGCAGGAGCGCAAACGGCGUCAGAAGCACCAGGAAUACCUCAACAGCAUCCUUCAGCAUGCCAAGGACUUCAAGGAGUACCACCGGUCCAACACGGGCAAGAUCCAGAAGCUGACCAAGGCUGUGGCCACCUACCAUGCCAACACGGAGCGUGAGCAGAAGAAGGAGAACGAGCGCAUUGAGAAGGAGAGAAUGAGGAGGCUGAUGGCUGAAGAUGAGGAGGGUUACAGGAAGCUGAUCGACCAGAAGAAAGAUAAGCGUCUGGCCUACCUGCUACAGCAGACGGACGAGUAUGUGGCCAACCUCACGGAGCUGGUGAGGGCCCACCAGGCCGUGCAGGCCCUCAAGGAGAAGAAGAAGAAGAGGAGGAGGAAGAAGAAGCUCGAGAACUCGGAGGGCCAGGCAGCAGGUCUGGGACCUGAUGGCGAGCCUCUGGAUGAGACCAGCCAGAUGAGCGACCUGCCCGUCAAGGUCAUCCAUGUGGACAGCGGCAAGAUCCUGACGGGGGUGGACGCCCCCAAAGCUGGCCAGCUGGAGGCCUGGCUGGAGAUGAACCCUGGGUACGAAGUGGCCCCCCGGUCCGACAGUGAGGACAGCGGCUCAGACGAUGACGAGGAAUAUGACGAGGAUCAACCUCAUCCAUCACAAGCCCCUGUGGAGGAGAAGAAGAAGAUUCCAGAUCCAGAUAGUGAAGACGUAUCAGAAGUUGAUGUUCGCCACAUCAUCGAGCACGCCAAGCAGGACGUCGACGACGAGUACAGUGGCGCGGCCUUCGCCCGCGGCCUGCAGUCCUACUACGCGGUAGCCCACGCCGUCACGGAGAGGGUGGACCGUCAAUCCUCCCUCCUUGUGAACGGGCAGCUGAAGCAGUACCAGAUCAAGGGCUUGGAGUGGCUGGUGUCCCUGUACAACAACAACCUGAAUGGCAUCCUGGCGGACGAGAUGGGCCUAGGAAAGACCAUCCAGACCAUUGCACUCAUCACCUACCUCAUGGAAUACAAGCGCAUCAACGGUCCCUUCCUCAUCAUCGUGCCGCUCUCGACCCUUUCCAACUGGGUGUAUGAGUUUGACAAGUGGGCACCCUCUGUGGUGAAAGUAUCUUACAAGGGCUCCCCAGCCGCGAGGCGAGCCUUUGUACCCCAACUGCGAAGUGGCAAGUUCAAUGUGCUUCUCACCACCUAUGAGUACAUCAUCAAGGACAAGCAGGUGCUGGCUAAGAUCCGCUGGAAGUACAUGAUUGUGGAUGAAGGCCACCGUAUGAAGAACCACCACUGCAAACUGACACAGGUGUUAAAUACACACUACCUGGCUCCACGGCGCGUCCUGCUGACGGGCACGCCUCUGCAGAACAAACUGCCUGAGCUCUGGGCCCUGCUCAACUUCCUGCUGCCCACCAUUUUCAAGAGCUGCAGCACCUUCGAGCAGUGGUUCAACGCGCCGUUCGCCAUGACCGGGGAGAAGGUGGACCUGAACGAGGAGGAGACCAUCCUGAUCAUCCGGCGUCUCCACAAGGUCCUCAGACCGUUCCUGCUCCGCCGGCUCAAGAAGGAGGUGGAGGCACAACUGCCUGAGAAGGUGGAGUAUGUGAUCAAGUGUGACAUGUCAGCACUGCAGAGGGUACUCUACCGGCACAUGCAGGCCAAGGGGGUCCUGCUCACCGACGGAUCGGAGAAGGACAAGAAGGGCAAAGGUGGCACCAAGACCCUGAUGAACACCAUCAUGCAGCUGCGGAAGAUCUGCAACCACCCGUACAUGUUCCAGCACAUUGAGGAGUCGUUCUCUGAGCACUUAGGAUUCAGCGGAGGGAUAGUACAAGGGCCGGACUUGUACCGCGCCUCUGGGAAGUUCGAGCUGCUGGACCGCAUCCUGCCCAAGCUCCGGGCCACGAACCACAAAGUGCUGCUCUUCUGUCAGAUGACCUCUCUCAUGACCAUCAUGGAAGACUACUUCGCCUACCGCAACUUCAAGUACCUGCGUCUUGACGGAACCACCAAGGCGGAGGAUCGUGGCAUGCUACUGAAAACCUUCAAUGAUCCCUCCUCCCAGUACUUUGUGUUCCUGCUGAGCACCAGGGCCGGUGGCCUGGGCCUGAACCUGCAGUCGGCCGACACCGUGGUCAUCUUCGACAGCGACUGGAACCCCCACCAGGACCUGCAGGCCCAGGACCGCGCCCACCGCAUCGGGCAGCAGAACGAGGUGCGCGUCCUCCGCCUCUGCACCGUCAACAGCGUGGAGGAGAAGAUCCUGGCAGCCGCCAAGUACAAGCUCAACGUGGACCAGAAGGUCAUCCAGGCCGGCAUGUUCGACCAGAAGUCGUCCAGCCACGAGCGACGCGCCUUCCUGCAGGCCAUCCUGGAGCACGAGGAGCAAGACGAGGAGGAGGACGAGGUGCCAGACGAUGAGACUGUUAACCAGAUGAUCGCCAGGAGCGAGGAAGAGUUCGACCACUUCAUGCGCAUGGACCUGGACCGCCGCCGGGAGGAGGCGCGCAACCCCAAGCGUAAGCCGCGCCUCAUGGAGGAGGACGAGCUGCCCACCUGGAUCAUGAAGGACGAUGCCGAGGUGGAGCGGCUCACCUGUGAGGAGGAGGAGGAGAAGAUGUUCGGCCGCGGCUCCCGCCAGCGCAAGGAGGUGGACUACAGCGACUCUCUCACUGAGAAGCAGUGGCUCAAGGCCAUCGAGGAGGGCACACUGGAGGAGAUUGAGGAAGAGGUCCGGCACAAGAAGACCACCCGCAAGCGUAAGAGGGAACGGGACAUGGACCUGCCGGGCCCGGCCACACCCAGUGCCAGUGGCGCACGCAGCCGCGACAAGGACGACGACAUCAAGAAGCAGAAGAAGCGUGGGCGCCCCCCUGCCGAGAAGCUGUCACCCAACCCCCCCUCGCUGACCAAAAAGAUGAGGAAGAUAGUGGAUGCAGUUAUCAAGUACAAGGACAGCAAUGGCCGGCAGCUGAGCGAGGUCUUCAUCCAGCUGCCUUCCCGCAAGGAGCUGCCUGAAUACUACGAGCUCAUCCGCAAGCCUGUCGACUUCCGCAAGAUCAAGGAGAGGAUCCGGAGCCACAAGUACCGCAGCCUUAACGACCUAGAGAAGGACGUGAUGCUGCUGUGUCAGAACGCACAGACCUUCAACCUGGAGGGCUCGCUGAUCUAUGAGGAUUCCAUCGUGCUGCAGUCGGUCUUCACCAGCGUGCGGCAGAAGAUCGAGAAAGAAGAGGACAGCGAGGGAGACGACAGUGAGGAAGAGGAGGAGGAGGUGGACGAAGGGUCCGAGUCGGAGUCUCGCUCGGUGAAGGUGAAGAUCAAGCUGGGCCGCAAGGAGAAGGGGCUGGAGCGAGGCAAAGGCCGGAGGCGGCUGGGCCGGGGCCCCCGAGCCAAGCCCGUGGUGAGCGACGACGACAGCGAAGAGGAGCAGGAGGAGGAGCGUUCAGGAGCCAGCGGCAGUGAAGAGGACUGAGCCACACCGGAAUGGACCAAUUUCCCCCAUGGGGUCCCAGCGGCCGGAGCAUAUAUUUUAUUUAGCAGAAUCACAACGGGGUACUUUUGCGGGCAGGGGAGCGGGUAGUUGUGCCUAGACAAGCUGAUUUUUAGUGUGAAAUGUUAUUAAAUGAUGAAAUAAAACUUUAAAAACUUACAAAAAAAAAUCCUACUUCCAUAUUUAAACAGCGAUCUUGGUAUAGACUGUAGGACUGUUAACGUCCCUCCACCCCCCACCCCCCCAGCGCUGUGAAGUUUGAAAGGGCUUUUGCGGAUGGAUUGUGGACCACAGGGAGUUUACUUGACCUUUUUUUUUUUUUGUGAAUCUGUUUUGUUGAAUUUCCCCUUCGGUGGCAGAUAUGUGGAUUUGCUGUCCCAAAGACAUGAAUGCAUGUGUGUCUGUAGAAGUGCUCUCAGACGUCCCAUCCACCCUCUCUCACGGUUUAAUUUAAAAAUAAAAUUUAAAAAGCAUAAACAGAUGUGGUCACCGUACAUCUCAUUCACGCCUGGACUGGAGCAGGGGAGGCUGGGCUAGAACUUAUUUUUGUGUCAGUAUCACUGGAUUUCAAAACCACAAUAAAGACAUCUCACAAAGUCA